GGCGUCGCGGCGCUGCCGUGUUGACAGCGGCGGCCGCGCCGGGAGCUGCCCCGGGAAGCAGGUUGGCGGCGUCGGGCUCCCGUUCCCCGCCCCGGUAUGGCCUUCAUGGAGAAACCGCCGGCCGGCAAGGUGCUGCUGGACGACACGGUGCCGCUGACAGCGCAGAUCGAGGCGAGCCAGAGCCUGCACUCCCACACGGAAUACAUAAUCCGUGUUCAGAGAGGAGUUUCAGCAGAAAACAGUUGGCAGAUUGUGAGGCGAUACAGUGACUUCGACUUGCUUAAUAAUAGCUUGCAGAUCUCAACUCUAAGUCUACCUCUUCCUCCAAAAAAAUUGAUUGGAAAUAUGGAGCGUGAAUUCAUAGCUGAAAGACAGAAGGGACUCCAGGCCUAUCUUGAUGUAAUUACUACCCAUCACAUACUGUCUAACUGUGAACUGGUAAAAAAAUUCUUGGACCCAAACAGCUAUUCUGUAAACUACACUGAAAUUGCCUUACAGCAUGUUUCAAUGUUCUUCCGAUCAGAGCCAAAGUGGGAAGUGGUAGAACCAUUAAAAGAUAUAGGUUGGCGAAUACGUAAGAAAUAUUUCUUAAUGAAGAUUAAGAAUCAACCAAAGGAACGGCUAAUGUUAAGCUGGGCUGAUCCUGGCCCUGAUAAAUACUUGUCUGACAAAGACUUACAGUAUGCUGUGAAACUUCUUUCUUCCUGUUCUCAUCCCUAUAUUUACAAAAUCACUUUUGCCACUGCCAAUGAAUCUUCAGCACUGGUUAUUAGACCAUUCAGUGAAAAAGGGACACUAAAGGACCUUAUUUAUAAGGCAAAGCCAAAAGACCCAUUCCUGAAGAAGUAUUGCAAUCCUAAAAAAAUUCAGGGUCUUGAACUUCAGCAAAUAAAAACAUAUGGAAGGCAAAUAUUAGAGGUAUUAAAAUUCUUGCAUGACAAAGGAUUUCCUUACGGCCAUCUUCACUCUGCCAACGUGAUGUUGGAUGGGGACACCUGCAAGUUACUGGAUCUAGAAAAUUCCUUAUUGGGACUUCCAUCGUUUUAUCGAUCAUACUUUUCACAGUUUCGGAAAAUUAAUACUUUAGAAGGUGUUGAUGUACACUGCUUUGGACACUUACUGUAUGAAAUGACAUACGGAAGACCCCCAGAUACGAUUCCGGUAGACAGCUUCCCCCCUGCACCAUCAGUGUUUGUUGUGUCUGUGUUGGAAUCCAUUCUGACCUGUGAAGCUAUGAAGAAUGGCAUGCCAACUGUUUCACGGCUCUUACAGAUGCCAUUAUUCAGCGAUGUCCUGCUAACAAACUCCGAGAAACCACAGUUUAAGAUUCCUACUAAGCUAAAAGAGGCAUUGAAAACCUCCAAGGAGUGCAUAGAAAAGCGAUUAACAGAAGAACAGAAAUUGAUUCACCAGCACAGAAGGCUGACAAGAGCUCAAUCUCAUCAUGGCUCUGAAGAAGAAAAAAAGAAAAGGAAGAUCUUAGCACGAAAAAAGUCAAAACGCUCUGCCUAUGAAAGUGGGGAAGAACACUCAGCAAAAUACAGCAACUCAAAUAACUCAGCAGGCUCUGGGGCGAGUUCCCCAUUAACAUCUCCAUCAUCACCCACUCCACCCUCUACAGCAGAAUAUGUGAGACAAGACAGGCCAAUCGUUCCCCAUAUAGCUGGUGAUGGGCUGCAAAUGCCACCUUCACGUGCAUGUCCUGUGGAAUGGCAAGUGGUCACCUCUGAAGCCUUUUGCUUUUACUCCUGCCUGGAUCUUUGAUUAUACUUGUGUAGAAAUGAUGGUGCAGUGUGCAGCAGCAGAGUUGCACAAGAUCAGGGUGUUUGGGAAAGCUGCUUGGGGCAAAUAAGGCCACCUGCCUGGAUCCCAGCUGCCAGGAAGCACCUCCAUGCAGGCCCUCGCUGCUGGGCUAGCUGCCUGCACGCACCGCUGUGGGCUCUGGCUUCCCAGGGGGUCAGGACCUGGAGGCUGAGGCAUGAUGAGAAGCAUGAGAUGGACAUGACUGGGGUAGAAAGCAAGGGCCAGAGUGCAAAGGUGACUGGUGGGAACGUGAGAGGCAGGCAAGCGGUGUGAGUGGCAGAUUGUUGUGAUGCAUUCAGCCUGCGAAACCAGCAUUUGUUACAACAUGUUUGGAGAAAGUCUGACAGUACUGUGGAAGUGUAAAACACUUCCAGAAAACUCUAUCUGCAGUUAGUACUUUAAAAUAGGAGUAUAAUCUGACCAAGCAGUCAUCACAAAUACUACAGCGAUGUGGUCCUUCCUAAGAAUGUAAAGUUAGUCAUGUAAAUAAGCAAAUCUUAGUACCUGUUUUUCCAGUCUUUGUUACUGUUCGUGACCCAAAGAGCAAACUGCUUCACUGGGGACAAACGAGAAGCUGAAGCUGGGAAGUCCUGUUCAGUGAUCUCCAUUUCCCUCAGUGCAAGAUCACAUUUGAGUCAUGUUUUGCAUCCCUGAGUACUGAGGCACUUUGGGUUUCAUUUCAGAGGUGUCUCAGGUGACACGACUCACCUGCAGAUAGAGGGAUUUGAUCACUGGCAUUUUUCAUCUGUUCUGUUCUUCACACUCCACUGGCAUUCAAGGAAUGACGUGACUAGUACAGGACUGACCAAGUCCAGCUAAGCAGCCGCAGUCCUCUGCGGCGGGACCUCCUUGGCAUAAUCAAACUACAUCUUCUCUUCUCAACUCAACAGGAGCAUCGUCGAUACCCCCAGCACCGCCACCGCCGCCCCUGCCACCAGCAGCUCCUCCUCUGAGUACAGAGGUGCCAACGCAGCCAAACCCGCAGCCUGAUGUCAGUGCAAGCCGAGGAGCCUUACUCAGCUCCAUUCAAAACUUUCAGAAGGGAACUCUGAAGAAAACACAGACAUGUGACUACAGUGCUCCCAGGAUCAGCUGAGGCCGCUGGUCACACCAGGAUUGAAUUCCCUCUCCCCCUCCUGUGCUGUCUAGGAACCAGAUCCUCCUGACCAGCGACUGAUCCACCAGCAUAUAGCGGCUAAUCACGCUGUAGCUCCGUUGACCCCUAUUUCAGCUUUCCUUGAGUAGCAGCACUGCCCUGUCUGAAUUGCAUUGCCACGCUGUGAUAAGUACUCCAUUCUUUACUUGGUUUCAAGAACUUUGUUCUCUAGCUACAGUUUCAGGGGUGCAGCAACUUCUAUAUAGCUGAAUAAAAAUCUGAAAAUAGGAAUGACCACGAUCAUGGUGAAUUAAUGCUUUUUUUUUUUUUCUAGCUCUAUUCCACCCCUUUUUUCAAAUUGCACAAAUGUAGCUUUAGUCUGCUCAGUUUUUCAACUCUUUUCAUGCACUUGUAACUCAUCUUAAUUCUUGCUGCAUUGAACGAGCAAGUUUUGUUCUAGAUAAUCCAACCCCUCCCAACCCUUAAAGUAUACUGCACAGGUGAGGGAACUAGAGAAUUAAAUCUUAUUCCCACCAUAUUUGCUGGUGGAGUAAAAAUGCUGUCUCAUUAAACUUGUUUAAAUGGACAUCCUACCUGUAACUCUAAGGGAAAGUGUUUUUAAAUGAGGAGACAGUUAAAAUGGGAUUUAAUAGGGCACUGGGUUAUUAUUCUUGAUUUAGUUAAAUGCAAAGUUACUUCAAGUUUAUUCAACAGCUUAAACUUUAUUGAAAGAUCCUUUUUGAUUUAAAACCUUAAAAAAAUUGCACUUUAAAGGAUUAUAGAUAAUCCAUUUUUUAAAUUCAAGUACAUCAGUGUUUUGUUACUAUGCAGAGAAUGUCUGUACAAAGUUUCAUGUAACCUGUGAUAUUCAGUCAUUUUUAUUAAAAUGUUAAUGGAA